CACACCACACAAGGUUGAAGCUUCUCCCCUUCAAAUCUUGGCCACAUUUCUUCUUUCACCCACAUUUCCAAGAAAAAAUAUCGCUCUCCUCCAUCUUCUUCUUAACCUUUUCAUGACUCACCGGCAACUUGCUGGAUCACUCACAUGACUAACCUCCUCAAAUUCAUCUUCCCCUGUUCCUCAUCUAUAUUUUCCCGGUAACCUACCCGUCGGCAGUUGCCUGAUCACUACCCAUACCCAUAUAUGAUAUAUUCAUUUUCAGAUAGCAGAGGAAAGAAGCCCGCAUAGACUUCUAGCUUCACAAGAACUUUGCAGACUAAAAUAUACACAUGAAUGGUGGUCUCGGCAAGCUUGGGACUGUACUCACUCUAGUGAUUGCAGUCUCUCUUCUUGUAGGUCUUGUAGGCCAGAUCUUCUACAUCCUCUGUCGCCGGAAGAAGCUUCAUAACCGGAGCUUCCCUCACCGCACCGAGUCAGUUCUCCCCGGAGACUCGGCCUCGUCACAGUCCAGAGGGUUUUUCAGUUUCUUCUUGUGCUGGAAAAAUCAGUCUCGCAUCGAACCUCAAGAGGCUCGUCACGACGUCCCACCUUCGAAUUACCACAACGAAUUACAGGAGUUAGAGGACAUCAUCAAGUGGCAGGCACUGUACGGGUCGUCGAGGCUUUUGUUCACUAUAGAGGAAGGAGAGAGAGAGGGAUUGGACUCGGAGACGACGUAUUCUUCAUGUGCAGAGAAAGAGGUAGUAGUGAAAACGAAGACGACGACGAAGGUGUACUUGGAAGAGUGUCAUGGGGUACCAGAUGUGGCGGUGACUGUUGUGAAUAUAGAGAUGGACGAGUUGUUUACGACGCCGUUGGAGACUCCUUGUGCUUCGCCGCCGUACUAUACACCAUCGGCUUCUCCUACUCGUGAAUCAGUCUAGCUAGCUUGUACGUUAGUUUUAGACUUGUAGUCGUGUAAGGAAAGCUUAGUGGUGAUUGCGUUUGCCGGUUUACGGGUUAAACAUCCCGGUUCGAAUCUCGUUUUUAUUUUAUUUUUGGAGCAUUUUUCUACUUCAUUUUUCGUGGGCAUGUCAUUUUCGUCUUUCGUUAUCAGUGAUGUGUUUAGCUACUGUAGGUGUG